AAGUGCCCAUGUAUUUGUAGGCAUUUGUAGAGAAAGCAAUUGUGACAUAAUACAAUACCUGGGACAAGACUUAUUUUAGUUUCAGUUAUCGAUAAUUACCGGACGGGUGUGCGUCGAAGAUAUAGUUAUGGUGAUAAUUAUGCAUACGAUAAAGAAGAAGAUUAUCAUGACGGAGAUCAUGUAUGGAUCUAACUGCUGGGAGUGUAUAUUCAACAACAGAUCGAUGUGUCGCCCACAUAUAUUUAGUCUUAUAAGCAAGUACAGAAUCACUCUGCAUUAAGAAUCGAUAUCGCAGAUUCUUAGUACGGCAAUUGGCUUUAGCAAAAUAGUUUGAUGAUAAACACUGCGUAUAUCGUUGAAUAAUAUAUUGUUUGCCAAACAAUGAAGUAAUGGUGAAGAAAUAACUGUAAGAAAUAAAACGUAAAUAAAUUAAAUCGAGAUGUUUUAUUAAACACGAAUGAGAGUUAAAAAAAACUAACCGCGUUUAUGUAUUGUGGAUAUUUAAACCAUGUAUAUGCGUAUCAUAAACGAGUUGAUAACGAGCAAAACAUUCGUUCGAAUGCUUCUUAAGAUGAUCGAGUGUUGAAAGCGAAACGAAAAUACACAGUGAAGUACCGAGCUUGCAUCAGGUUCGUUGUAGAGUAAGCUAGUGUUGAUUAAACCAUGAAUGAAUAUAUAAAUAGAUUACUAUGAAGACAAAAAUCAAGUUUGAUAUAAUUGGAAUUAUGGAUAACGGUCAUUCAAAUGGAAAUCAAGAGUGUGGUGGUAGCAGACGAAAAUCGAGUGAAUAUGAAACUGAGGUAAAAUUAAGUAUCGAUACAAUAUCUUUUCCCAGUGGCCAUGACCUUCACAGUGAUCUACUUUCGGAUCGCUAUUGCCUUGAAUGUGAGCGGAUAAUACGUCCGGAAUGCGAACAUACGCACCAGGAACAUAAUGUUAUAACUACAAAGAAGGCGAUUUGUUUAACUUCAAAGAGAAUCGACAAAGAGCUGGAGAAAUUGAAAAACCUUCUACGCUACGCAAGUAUAGUUAUUCAUGAUUUACAACAUAAUAUUGACCGGUCUCAUUCUCAUUAUUUAGAAAUCUCAAAAGAGUUGUUUACCCGAGCUCAAAUGCUGUCCGAAGAUGACAUGGGUAUGGUCGAUGAUUUAUUAAAUUAUAUCAAACUAGACCAUGAUACCGAAUUAGCGCGAAUGGAAACCAAAAUACAGGAAUUUAACAGUUUUAUAUCAACCGCAAAGUCAUGCAUAUUAACUUCCGAACGCUUGGUUGCAUCUUUAAAUAGCGAAGGUUUAAUAUCGGAUUGUACAUCUAUGGUGAAAUCAAUUCGCGAUGUUGAAAUUUCUUUACCAGAAUGCCUUUCCGAACGUUCUAUAUCACAAAUAACUUCCAUUCCAGAAGUGAAAAAUGAUGUGAUAUUGACUCCAGAAGAAAUUUUGGGCAUUUAUUCUAAGGAUAUCGUGCCUUGGCGAAUAGAAGUUAAAAGAAUAACAUCUUUUCGGCCCGAUGGGAUAAGUGCCCGAUGCGUUACCACCAUGUGUCGCGCGGAAAAUGGCGAAGUUUUAGUGGUAUGGCAAUGGGGUCCCCUUAUUUACCUUGUAAACAAAGAUGGAACUAUAAAGAAAUCGGUGGAUAUGGAAAGUAAAAUGGACUGCAUCUGUACGUUGAAAGAAGGCUACGCCGUGUCUUGCCACUUGCAGAAAUGUAUCAAAGUGCUAAGUCACGAUUUUGUUGUGCUGCGAACGUUCGAAACGGCUCUUAUUCCCAGAGGGAUUUUCUCAAACAGUCAAAACGAGGUUUUUAUAUGCGAGGUUGAGAAUAUGCAUAGAAAAGCCAACGAUAAGAACAAAAUUGUGCGGUUGGACGUCUCCUCAGGAUCAAAGACUGUAAUACCAUGCGGAGACAAUCUAUUGCAACCGUGUAGAAUAACUGUAAACGACAACGACGAAAUUUGCGUCUCGGAUCGAAACAAGGGCUGUAUCGUGAUAUUCCACCAAGAUGGCUCAUUGAAAUCGGAAUAUUCGGGCCCUAGUCUUUCUACGCGCCAUCGGUUCGCCCCAGAAUCGAUCCGGUGCGACCGUUUCGGCCAGAUACUCUGCGUGGACUAUACCAAUCAUACCGUACACGUGUUGGAUCCUAUCGGAAGGUUCCGCGGGUUUCUUAUCAUGGACACGGAAAUUGAGCGUCGAUCAAUAUUUAUGGGCACCAGCUCCCCAUUCUCGUUGACUAUCGAUAGCGACGGUGAUUUGUGGGUAGGAAACAAGUUCGGGUAUUUAACAGUGUUAAAAUACUUUGUGUAAGGCUCCGUGGGCCAUGUACAUAUUGUGCACGUUUAAACGUUAUUUGUUUAUACAUAGAAGAACAAGUAUGUUCAAAUUAUUUAUUGUUCAAAACGUUUCUUUAUUCUUGCAUAUUUUGCUUAUACUUUUGCACAAAUAAUGACUGCAUAAUUAUUACUUAUUCUGUUUAUGUUGUUUACUUUUUCGCGAUAUGUUAUAUAAUUAAACAGAGCAUUAUGUCAAAAUAUUU